AAUUUUCGCGCCAUGGCCCGUACGAAACAGACCGCCCGCAAGUCCACCGGAGGGAAAGCUCCCCGCAAACAGUUGGCAACGAAGGCUGCCCGUAAAAGUGCCCCAGCUACGGGUGGCGUUAAGAAGCCCCAUCGCUACAGACCAGGAACUGUCGCGCUGCGAGAAAUUCGUCGCUAUCAGAAGUCGACAGAGCUACUAAUCCGCAAGCUGCCCUUCCAGCGUCUGGUUCGUGAGAUCGCGCAGGACUUCAAAACCGAUCUGCGCUUCCAGAGCUCAGCCGUCAUGGCCCUUCAAGAAGCCAGCGAGGCUUACCUGGUUGGUUUGUUCGAGGAUACCAAUCUGUGCGCUAUCCAUGCCAAGCGAGUGACCAUCAUGCCGAAAGACAUCCAACUGGCUCGCCGGAUCCGUGGGGAGCGGGUGCUGAAGCAGGUCCAUCCGGACACCGGUGUCUCGUCGAAGGCGAUGAGCAUCAUGAAUAGCUUCGUGAACGACAUCUUCGAGCGUAUUGCUAACGAAGCAUCUCGUCUGGCCCAUUACAACCGACGGUCGACGAUCACCUCCCGCGAGGUACAGACCGCCGUUCGUUUGCUGUUACCGGGAGAGCUGGCGAAACAUGCCGUAUCGGAAGGUACCAAGGCCGUUACCAAGUAUACCAGCUCGAACAUCACAGUGGUAUCAGUAGUAGAGCAGAAUUUUCGCGCCAUGGCCCGUACGAAACAGACCGCCCGCAAGUCCACCGGAGGGAAAGCUCCCCGCAAACAGUUGGCAACGAAGGCUGCCCGUAAAAGUGCCCCAGCUACGGGUGGCGUUAAGAAGCCCCAUCGCUACAGACCAGGAACUGUCGCGCUGCGAGAAAUUCGUCGCUAUCAGAAGUCGACAGAGCUACUAAUCCGCAAGCUGCCCUUCCAGCGUCUGGUUCGUGAGAUCGCGCAGGACUUCAAAACCGAUCUGCGCUUCCAGAGCUCAGCCGUCAUGGCCCUUCAAGAAGCCAGCGAGGCUUACCUGGUUGGUUUGUUCGAGGAUACCAAUCUGUGCGCUAUCCAUGCCAAGCGAGUGACCAUCAUGCCGAAAGACAUCCAACUGGCUCGCCGGAUCCGUGGGGAGCGGGCCUAA